UUCUGCCAAGGUGAUCCGCGCUGUUCGGGUUCCGCCUUGUCCUACCGUUUACCUCAGUACCAGCGGUGCCAGUUUCUCCUCAGAAAACUAACACACAAAGCACUUUUAUUAUACUUCAUUAUCACACUUCAACAUUACUAUAUAUGUAACCGCUUUAGAAGUGAGGUACCAGAAAGUGACCACCGCGUUGCUAUUAACCCAGCUCCGUUUCCCCAGCCUCUCACCCUCCAUGCGUGCCCGCCCCGCGCCGUCCCUCGCGGCCACCGUACGAGGCAGCCGUGGGCGGGUAGCGCUGGAGGCCGCCCGUAGCUAUGGCGACCGCCGCCGCGCUGCCGCUGCUACUGCUGCUGUGGGUGCCGCCGCCCGCCCGCGGCUUCUCGCUGCCCCUGCUGCGUCCCGGCGACUGCGGCGAUGCGCGCUACUUCGACAUCUCGCAGCUGUCCUGCGGGCCCUGCGGGGCGCACCAGAGGCGCAGCGCCGGCGGUAGUUCAUGUGUAUGUCUGCCAGGAUAUAGGAUGGUUUCUAAUAAUGGUGGGUCCUCUGUUAUUUGUGAAAAAUGCCCAGAAAAUAUGAGUGGAGUUACUCAAGACGGAUGGAAUUGUAUUACUUGCCCUAAGGGUGUAACUUCUGAAGGAAAAUGUAAAUGCCUCAGUAAUGAAAUAUUAGUGGAAAGAAGUGUUGAUGGCAUUUUGCUAAAUGAAGCAUUGUGCGUACUUUGUAAUGGAAGCGCACCAUCGUUCUCCGCUUCAGACGUGUCAGGAAAUAGGUGUGUAAGAUGUGAACAGACAUCCAUCAAUGUAAGCAAGUCUUGUGACUGUGGCAGCCCCAAUAUUUUAACCGGAGGUUUAUGUUUCAGUGCUCGUGAAAGCUUACCUCCAAAGGGAAUUGCAACUGUUCGGUUUGGGCAGCUUGGUGUAACACUGACAUCGGCUUGGUUUCUGAAAAACCUGCAAGCUUCAGCCUCUGCCUGCUGGUUGUACUCUAAUCUAACAGCAUGCCAAGCUCUUGGAAAUAUGUGUGUGAUGAAUAUGAACUCACUGAGUUCUUCAAGUACUGAUGCCUGCAGUUUAUUUCAAUAUAUUUAUGCCAAUACAGCAAGGCUGGGCAUUGUUCAUUCAAUAGCAUUCUGGAGGCAUAAUCUGCCAUGGCUGUAUUAUGGCGAUCAACCAGGAUUAGCAUCCCAAGUGCUUGAGACAAAUCAUCUCCCUACAAUCUUCACUUUUAAAGGAAAAAGUGAGGAUGUGAAACUGCAGUUUAUUGCAGCCUCAUAUGAUGCAGCAGGAAAUUUUCUUAAAUGGCAAAGUUUGGAAGGAGGCCUCUUGCAGCUUUGUCCUGAUACCCAGACAAAAUUGAACGCAGCUUAUGUAUUUGGAACAACUUAUGAACAAAGUUGCAAGAUUUCUGUCUCCAAGAUUUUACUGGAUUUUACUAAUCCAAUCUUUUAUGACCUAUUCUUUGAAUAUAAUGGUGACGGUGGACAGCAAUAUCUUUGGGCUGUGCCAGUUUUAAAUUUGAAUCUUCAGUACAGUGAGAUGUAUGUGAAUCAAGGCAGCAGUAUGAACAACUGGCUUUUGACUCGUCGAUUCUUUUUGGUGGAUACACUCAGUGGAAGAGAAAAUGACUUGGGAAAACUACCAAGAAUAAUUCGAGUUGCUAGCAAAAUAACAAUAAGUAUUCGUCUGGUAUCCCAUACUCAGCGAGGAGCUAUCUACCCACCUCUAAUUACUGUUGCUUACACAGACGUGCUUGUCCAAAACCCUGAUACCCAGAGCGUGAAGGUUUCCUUCUCAGUCCGUUAUGAGAUGAACCAGUCAGAGGCUCAGAUUCAGACUGAUAUCACGUUGGGUGUGCUGGGUGGGCUCGCAGUGCUAUGGUCCCUUCUCAGGACUGCAGGCUGGAAGAGGCGUACAGGCAGUUCUGUAAUUGACUUACAGACGGUUUUGAAGUUCUUACUAUUUUAUGCUGGAGACCUUGCCAACGUUUUCUUUAUCAUCACGGUGGGCACAGGGAUUUAUUGGCUCGUGUUCUUCAAAGCUCAGCAGUUCGUCUCUGUCCUUUUACCACUUCCAUCUCAAGAAAAAGCUUUUGUUACAUAUGUAGCGUGUGCUUUUAGUUUAAAGGCUCUGCAAUUGUUGCAAUUGUUGCUUUCCCAACUUACUGUCGACAUUUUCUUUAUUGACUGGGAAAGACCUAAGGGCAGAGUUCUUAAAGCAGUUGACGGUGAAGGUGACAUAAAAAGUGCUGCCGCACCUGUGAGCAUAUGGAGAACAUAUUUUAUAGCCAAUGAAUGGAAUGAAAUUCAGACAGUGAGGAAGAUAAAUCCUCUCUUUCAAGUGCUCGCGGUUCUUUUUUUUCUGGAGGUGGUGGGAUUUUCAAACCUGGCUUUAAUGGAUUCUUCUUCCAGUCUUACAAGAAGCAGUGAGAGUUACAUGGCACCGUGGAGCCGCAUUUUGAGAUUUGGUGUGUCUGCUGCACUGUGGUUAGCCAUUGCCUUCCUGCAGAUUAUAUUUUUUGCUGUGUUUUAUGAAAGAUUUGUUGAAGAUAAAUUAAGCCAAUUUGUCGAUUUGUGUUGUGUAAGCAAUAUUUCAGUGUUCCUCUUGUCGCACAGCUGCUUUGGUUAUUACAUCCAUGGUCGCUCUGUGCAUGGACAUGCAGACACCAAUAUGGAAGAAAUGAAUAUGAACCUAAAGAGAGAAGCAGAAAACCUAUGUAGUCAGAGAGGUUUGCUUCCUAACACGGAUGGCCAGACAUUUCAGAUUUCCAUUUCAAGAAAAAUGAGACUGCAGUAUGACAGGAUUCAUGAAACCCUGACAAGAAGACAUGGUCCUGCUAGGUUUUUGGACUCAUCUGCAAAUACUUUUGAACAAAGCACAAGGGCAUACAACACCAUGAACAAAUUUCUCAGUUCUUUUAUCGAUCACGUUCAUAAAGAAAUGGAUUAUAUUGUUAAAGAUAAGUUGCUCCUUGAGCGGAUUCUAGGCAUGGAGUUCAUGGAACCGAUCGAUAAAAGUAUUUUCUACAAUGAUGAAGAACACUCUUUCAGUGAAGUUCUCUAUUACGGCAAUGAGACAACGCUGCUCAUCUUCGAUAUGCUGUUCUUCUCCAUUGUGGAUCUGGCUUCCCAAAGUUUUGUUUUAGCGGCUAUUCUAACAUAUUUGCAACAGGAGAUUUUUAGGUUUAUUCGUAAUGCGGUUGGGCGGAAGAAUUUGACAUCUAAAACCUUGGUGGAUGAAAGAUUUCUCAUUUAAUCUAGAAGGCUGCAGACUUUGAGAACUUAAUGGAGGAAAUUGUGUCCUGGACUGAAGCAUCUCAGACCUACAGAUCUAUUUUACAGAUUUAUUGCAGUGCACUUUUCAGUAAUAACGGAGUGGUUCUGAAAUUUAUCAUUUUGAUAUCGUCUGGUCUUCAUUUUGAUUUUUGGUAUAUUUACAGAUGUUUUUGAAGUUGUGAACACUAAACCGUAGGCCUUUAAAAGAAAAGGUACAUGAAGAUAAGACAGGAGCAAAUGGAAUUUUGUUAUUUUUUUGUUUAUUUUGAAAACAAUAAAAAAAAUGGAAUGGCUUUUACUAAGACAUGGAGCACUGACUCUGAGGCAGUAAUUUGAGCAUUGUGGUUGGCAGGGUUGGCUGUCAACUCUUGAAGGGAUUUUUUCUGAAAGUCCCUUACAUCUUGUUUUCUUUGUUUUUUGGUCAUUUGUUUUGAGAUAUAACGUUUAGCAGACAUACUUCAGUUUUGUGCAGCACAGGAUUUGUUCUGCACUGAAUUAAUAUUUCAAGAGGACUAUUUAAAAUGACUUACAGUGAUUGAUUGCUACUUGAAAUUUUAACUUUUCUUCAUCGUGUCAUAGUAGUAUAUGAUUUUGUCUCUUCCCUUGAAGUUUAUCUGUCAUUGUUUUUCUUGGGUGUAGACUAUAUGUCAAAGUUUCCUUGUGUUUGAGAUACGGUAGCGUUACAGCAAUGCAGAACAGCAGUCCAAUCAUAAUUGCACAGAGAUGUUUGUAGGUAUUUUGAGUUUGGUCCUGAUCUCCUCUCACGUGAUGUGAGAUGCCCAGGGAAAUAGAGCAGUAAUUCUGUGCAGUUUCCACACAAGUGAAAAAGAAGCAAUUAUUUGUAUCUUUUUGAAACCUUUUCACAAGUGCCUCCAUAUGUUCGUAUACUUCUGGCUUUCUGAUUUUGGGGCUUUGAUAUCAUUUUACUUUCAUCAUUCUUUUGGAAUUUAGAGAGGGUAAUAAUUAUUCAAGUGCCAUUUAGUGUGUGUUAAGGGAGAUUAUGAACGGCCUUUGAAACACGUUGAAGUGUCUACCUCCCAUUUGUGUCUCUGAAAAGUCUCCACGCUUUUUCUAAAGUCUGCUGUUUUUUAUAACCGUUACUUAUCUUUUAAUAACAACAAGAGACUUUCACCAGCAGAAAUGCUAUAAAAUUGUAAAUCAAGGUUAGUGUGUUCAUUCCAAUCACAGAUUAAGGAUGUGUUCGGUUGUGCCCAGCAGGUGUGGAACGCAGACACACUUACUUGAGCUGAAGCAGCACUGUUUUUCAGGUGUUUCUUGGCUUCAUGAAGAGGAAGGCAGUGUCAUGUUGUCAUGUUGAUACCACGUCAUAUCACGAUUUUAAGCUUUCAGUGAUGAUACAGACAUGAAACUCAGGGUCGCUGUUGCUCUAACGCAUUUAUAGCAAUAGCAAUUGCUAUUAACUGAUAGAAAUGUGUAUCUGUUGUUAAGUCCGCAAGGUAGAUAACGGAAAGGUUGAUUUCCAGAAGGACAGUCAUUUCUUACUAUGCAGUUCAGCAUGGGCAUUUGCGUAGGCUUUCUUUACUUCUGUCUACUUCUGUGCACAAUUCGUAGUUUGUGUUUACCCUAUGCCUCAAAAAAGGUGCGAAAUAGAAAACUUGCAACAGCAAAAUGUCCACUGUGAAUAAAAUUAAGGCUAAUGCUUUUACAGUGUAUGUAGUGACUGAAAGUAUCCUUCAGGUUCUGGAUCUGUUAAACCUCCAAAAACUGUAUUUCCACAGACUACGAUGACUGCGUGGCUUCACUAGUGGUGAGUUUGGUAUCACAUUCCCUGUCAGUGAUGGAGUGAGUGCCAAACCUCUAAACAAAGCGAAGGACCGUCUGAAAAAUGGUCUGCAGUAGGACAUUUGCAAGGCAAAGUCAGGCUCGUGCAAGGCCCACAUAUUUUUCUAGGCAAUAUCUUUGCAGAGCCUAAUAACUGUGCCAAAGUACAGUUUCCUGAUCUUAUGAGUCAUACUGAAAUGGUGAUGCACCAGAGGACCGACGUGACUAAAAGAUGUAGGAAAGUGGCUGUGGUCUGUAGGUGGGGAAGUAGGCUACGACUGACCCUGACAGAAGGCUUCCUGUCGCUUUCCAGCAGUGUAACUCUGCAUCACUGUCAGUGAUAACAGAAGCUCUUUCUCUGUGCAGAUUCUGAUGAUGUGUUUGUAGCCAUGAAGUUAUUUCAGGGAAUAGAGCCACACUUCAGACAUAGCUCCUCCAGAACAUUCUGAUUUAUGACUGACUUCAGUCAGAAUAAGUAAAGCGUAGGAAUCAGACCCUGGUGAAGUAGGGAGUGUGGUGUUUUAUCUGCAAACAAACCGAAGAUGUGAUUGUGCCAUCUGUAGGCACAGCCCUGUAGCUCUAAUUUAGUUAGUCUGGUAACAGCAGAAGGGACGGUACGGCUUCAUGUCAGUUCUCACUCUAUACCCAACUCUCAGUGCUUUUGCUCAGCAGGUGCCUUUCUGUGCAAGAACCGUGCUUUGCCUUUACUUUAGAUAUGUCUUUAACUACCCGCUGCUCAGGAGGGCGUGUGAAAGCUUUAACAGCCUUGCAGUUUGAAGGACCUGCUGCUAAAGGCAGCUCUUGUUACAGAAAAGUAAUUUAUUAAUGUAAAAUUGUCCUGCUGAAACAGUUCACUUGCCCUCCUGUUUCUCCCCAGUGCACGCACUCCUGUGUGUGUUUCAUUUUUCCAGGUCAUUUAUCUAAGAUGUUAGUUAUACUAACAUUGUUGCUGUAGAUGAUCUAGGAAAUAAUUGUAGGAGCCAAAAGCUGCAGGAAUUCAUAGUGGCUUUCCUUCAUUCUUGCUGUGUAGUGAACGCUUGAACUGGGGGGGCUACACUCUGAUCUCCUUUGGGUUCAAGAAAUAGCUCGUCAUUGUAUUUCCAACUUCAUUUUCUACAUUUUUAAAUUAGUGUGCAGCUACAGCGUGUCAUUUAUAUGUUGAAUGUUUUUGAAUGUUUUUUUAAACUUUGAUUAAAACAUUUACAAACAGGAUCUCAAACUCUGAGCAAUAAAGAAAUUUCCAAGG